CGUGCUAUGGGUUGCAGCAAAAGGGGUUCAACCCCUUUUUAAGAGGGGUUUUGAAGCGAGAAGAGCUGGACCCCCUCCUCUUCUCGGGGGUCCCGGUUGCCCCAGGGACCCCGGUGUCCUCUUCCUGACCCUCAGGCCCAGGGGGGACCCGGGCCCCGCCUCCCCAGGGCGCGGAAACUAGCGAGGCCCCAGAGGCUCCCGUUUAUAGCUUCGUUUCCACUCAGCGCCGUCCCUCCGAGGACCUGGGCUGAGCAAGUUUCUUCCACUCUCUCCCCCCCGCCAUGUCCCCCACAAGCCUGGCUGGGUGCAGGUGUCCAACUCAGCCGGGACGCCCUUCUUCGACCCAGGUGUUCUGGCUCCCAGACCCCAAUUUGGCUGGGGCGCCCGCCCGCGGGGAAACCCCGCCCUGGUUGCCCCCAUUCAUCCAAGUCUCUGCCGCGCGAGUUCCUCAAUGGGAAAGGGCGGGUCUCCAAGGGGGCGGGGCGAGUGGGAUCGGGCCCUCCCCGGUCUCUCAGAGACAGAGGGCGCGGAACCCGCCCGUGUUUCAGAGUGUUGGAGCCUGCAGCUGGGCAGACUGGGGGAACUCCAGGCCAGAAACGGGGUGGCCUCUAGCCUGGGGCGAAGAGUCGGGCGCGAAGGGAGCUCCCACCAGGGUCGUGAGAGGUGUGCUAUUGAGGAAGAAGUUAGCAGGAAAGCCCGUGCAGCAAGUCUGCGGAAUCUUGGGGGACACACGACGGGGAUGCUGGUCUCCGCCCUCCUCGUUCUCCUCUUCUGCCUCAGAGGGCAUGCAGGCCCGUCGCCCCAUUUCCUGCAACAACCGGAUGACCUGGUAGCACUGCUGGGGGCUGAGGCCCGGCUGCCCUGUGCCCUGGGCGAAUACUGGGGGCUGGUUCAGUGGACCAAGGACGGGCUGGCUCUAGGGGGUGAAAGGGACCUACCAGGGUGGUCCCGGUACUGGAUAUCAGGGAACGCAGCCAGUGGCCAGCACGACCUUUACAUUAGGCCCGUGGAGCUAGAGGAUCAAGCAUCAUAUGAAUGUCAGGCUACACAAGCAGGCCUCCGCUCUCGGCCAGCCCAACUGCAUGUGCUGGUACCCCCAGAAGCCCCCCAGGUACUGGGAGGCCCCUUUGUGUCUCUGGUUGCUGGAGUUCCUGCAAAUCUGACCUGUCGGAGCCGUGGGGAUGCCCGCCCCAUCCCUGAGCUGCUGUGGUUCCGAGAUGGGAUCCGUCUGGAUGGGACCACCUUCCACCAGACCCUGCUGAAGGAAGGAACCACUAGGUCGGUGGAGAGCAUCUUAUCCUUGACUCCUUCCAGUGCUGAUGACGGAGCCACCUUGGUCUGCCGGGCCCGGAGCCAGGCCCUGCCCUCAGGGAAGGAUACAGCUAUCACACUAAGCCUGCAGUAUCCCCCAGUGGUGACUCUGUCUGCAGAACCACAGAGUGUGCUGGAGGGAGAGAAGGUCACUUUCCUGUGCCAAGCAACAGCCCAACCUCCUGUCACAGGCUAUAGGUGGGCAAAGGGAGGUUCCCCCGUGCUCGGGGCCCGCGGACCAAUGUUGGAGGUUGUGGCAGACGCCUCAUUCCUGAUUGAGCCAGUGUCCUGCGAGGUCAGCAACGCAGUGGGUAGCGCCAACCGCAGCACAGCGCUGGAUGUGCAGUUCGGGCCGAUUCUGCAGGCAAGGCCGGAGCCCAUGUCUGUAGACGUAGGGGGAGACGCUUCCUUCAGCUGUGCCUGGCGCGGGAACCCGCUCCCACGGGUAACUUGGACCCGCAGCGGGGACGCGCAGGUGCUGGGCUCUGGGCCCACGCUGCGUCUUCCGUCGGUGGGGCCCGAGGAUGCAGGCGACUACGUGUGCAGAGCUGAGCCGGGGCUCUCUGGCCUGGGGGGCGGCGCUGCGGAGGCUAGGUUGACUGUGAACGCUCCCCCAAUUGUGACCGCCCUGCAUUCUGCGCCCGCCUUCCUGAGGGGCCCCGCCCGCCUGCAAUGUCUAGUCUUUGCAUCUCCGGCCCCAGAUGCUGUGGUCUGGUCUUGGGAUGAGGGCUUUCUGGCGGCGGGGUCGCAGGGUCGGUUCCUGGUGGAGACAUUCCCAGCCCCGGAGGGCCGCGGGGGCCAGGGCCCAGCCCUGAUCUCUGUGCUACACAUUUCGGGGACCCUGGAAUCGGACUUCAGCAGGGGUUUCAACUGCAGUGCCAGGAACCGGUUGGGUGAGGGAGGCGCCCGGGUCAGCCUGGGGCGUAGAGACUUGCUGCCCACAGUGCGGAUUGUGGCUGCAGUGGCUGCUGCAGCCGUGACUCUUCUUAUGGUCAUCAUUGGGGUGGCCCUCUGCUGCUGGCGCCAUGGCAAGGCCUCUUUCUCCAAGCAAAAGAACCUGGUACGAAUCCCAGGCAGCAGUGAUGGCUCCAGUUCAAGAGGCCCUGAAGAGGAGGAGACUGGCAGUGGCGAGGACCGGGGCCCCAUCAUGCAAACGGAUCACAGUGACCUGGUUCUGGAUGAGGAAGGGGCUCUGGAGACCAAGGACCCAACCAAUGGUUACUACAAGGUCCGAGGAGUCAGUCCACCCACGUCUCCAAACUCAUGUGUGACACCUCUCCAAGUGAAGAGUCCUGGGAUCUUCAACUUGCCAUAAUGGAUUGUCCUGAUUUCUGAGGAACCAGAACAAGAUGGUGACCUUACUCCUCCAAAAUUGAACACUGAUGGGAGAGAAAGAUCAUUACAAUUGUCUGGAUUACUGGUGUACAGUCAGCUCAGUCAAAGGGGACUGAGGUCCCCAAGUGGGAGCAAGAUGGCCACUAUGACCGACUAUUCCCUUGUGUAAAAGAGAUUCAAGAUGGCAGAUGGGCUCUUUGUAGAUGGACGGGGACAGGGGGUGAUGGGAUGGAAGGCAGGGAUGGAAAUUGUUUCCAGGUGUGGAAAGAAGAGAUUUCAAGAUGACCACCUAUACUGAGAAAAAGGCAACGUAGGUUAAGAUGGAGGCCAGACCAGGCCCUGUCCUGGUUCUCCCUGAGGGACCCUUUGCUUGGCCAAUUCAAGUGCAGCCAAUAUGGCUAAUUACUCUCUGGGAACCCCAGAUGGCCACCAUCUCGAUUCCUUUCAACUUCCUUAAGGGCCCUGGAUGAACUGAAUCCAAGGAAUGAGGAUAGGGUGAGAACCAUCAUGGGGAGAGGAGAGUAGUAUGGGAUGGGUGGGGUGGAAUCUUGGAAUGAGAAUAUUUAUGUUUAAUAA